CUGUUCAUCAAUCACAAAACAGCAAACAAAAACCCUCAAAAUCCUUCGAAUCUCUCACUCCGAUUCUCAAUUCAAUUUCCACCUUAUAAAUCUCCUCUCACCAACACUCCCUCCUCUUUUUCUCUCUCUCUGCUUCUCUUCCCUUUUCUCUUCCUCUUCCUCUUUCUAUCUUCCCUCAAACCUCUGUGUUUCUGUGUUUGCAUAAUGGGUGCCGUCGAUUUUUGUCCGCCGCCGCGUAAAGUGGAGGAGGUGGCGGUUCUGUCACUCAACAAACUCCCUUUAGGCUUCCGAUUCCGCCCCACCGACGAGGAGCUCAUCGAUUACUACCUUCGCUCUAAGAUCAACGGACAUGGCGAUGAUGUUUGGGUUAUCCGUGAAAUCGAUGUCUGCAAAUGGGAGCCUUGGGAUUUGCCUGAUUUGUCAGUGGUGCGGAACAAGGAUCCAGAGUGGUUCUUCUUCUGUCCGCAGGACCGUAAGUACCCAAAUGGGCACCGGUUGAACAGGGCGACGAGCCAUGGAUAUUGGAAGGCAACGGGCAAGGAUCGCAAGAUUAAGUCUGGCUCCACCUUGAUUGGGAUGAAGAAGACUCUAGUUUUCUAUGCUGGUCGUGCUCCCAAGGGGAAGAGGACCCAUUGGGUUAUGCACGAGUACAGGCCUACCCUGAAGGAGCUUGAUGGCACCAACCCAGGACAGAAUCCAUAUGUCCUUUGUCGGUUAUUUAAGAAAAACGAUGAGAGUCUUGAAGGUUCAAAUGAGGAAGUAGAGCAGAUUGCUUCAACUCCUACAACUGCAAGUUUCUCUCCAGAAGAAAUACAAUCUGAUCCAUCGCUGGUUCCUGUAUCUUCCUCACUGGCCACAGAAGAUGAUAAGCACCUACCAGUUAUCCCUGAGCAGUCUGAGGAAGCAAUAUCCAACAUUAUAAAUCCAGUUGAUUGCCAUAGUGAUGGAGGUGAUGCUCAUGAUGCAAAAAUUCAAAUUAUAGAACCACCUGCACAGGAGGAUCAGCCAUUGAACUUUGACAUAUUUUAUGAUCCAAAUCCAACAUUUCAGCAAUUGGAUGACAAACUGUUCUCCCCAGUCCAUGCGCAUUUUCCACAAGAAUUUUAUUACCAAGCUAACAAUCAAUCAGACCUUCAAUAUGGGACAAAUGAGACAAAUAUUCCAGACUUUUUUAACUCUGUUAAUUGGGAUGAGUUUUCUCAUGAAGACUCAACCUUGUUUAAUCUUAAGGACAAUGGAUCAUGCAGUGACUCAGAUGUGGAAAUGGCCAAUUUGACGCUUCUGCAAGCAAUAGAUGCUGCUUAUCCUAUGGAGGCAAUUGAGCAAAGGAGCAAUGCAGGAUUAUUUCAGAACAAUCCCCAGAUGGCUUUCUCAACUAAUGUUGGUUUGGACCAAGUGACCUGUGCAGUCAAUUAUAAUGAGCAAUCAAGAAGCUUUGAUACGGUUGUUCAUGGUGAUACGGGAAUCCGGAUAAGGACUCGACAAGGACGAAAUGAUCAGCCAGACAUGAACCCUACCCUACCAUCACAAGGUAUUGCACCGAGAAGAAUACGACUGGGAAGACUUGUUAUGCAUUCGCAUGGUUCCGAUGAGACGGCUAAAGAUGGGAGUGGUGCACCACCACAAGACCAUAAUUCAAAAACCAUCAUUGCUGGGGAGAAGGAAGCUUCAGAAAACCAUGCUGCUGAUGAGAGUGCUGCCGUGGAUGAACCGGAGAAAACAUCUUCUGAGUCAGCUGACUCAAGAAAAAUCUGUCAGCAGCCAAUUGCAAAACCCAUAUUGGGGUGGAAAGACUUGCUAUUGGGCAGAAGGGUCCGUUACACAUCAAAGGUUUCGUCCAAUCGCGCCAUGUGGUCUUCUGUUCUUGCAGUUUCUGCCUUUAUACUGGUUUCAGUUGUGUUGCUUGUUAGUGUUUGGGGAUAUCUUAGAUUUUAUACUGCUUACUAGAGAUCAUUCCUUUGUUCAGAAUUUGCCUCCAUUGCUUUUUUGGGGACAGUUAAGGAGGCAUGUGUAGGGUUGAGUUUCUUAGAUUUGUUGAUAAGAACAUACAUUAUCAAUAUAUAUGUAAUAUAUGUGUAUCAUGUAGUGGUUGUAGAAUAUGGUAGUGGACUGUAGACUCUUGUUGCCGCAUUUAGAUUCCUAGUUUCAUGGCUUCCAUUUUCGUUUUGUUGUUA